AUGGCAACACAGAGCAAAGGAGCGUCCAGACCACCCCCUCCUCAGCGUCCAGGCCACCCCCUCCUCAGCGUCCAGACCACCCCCUCCUCAGCGUCCAGAGCACGCCUCUCCUCAGCAUCCAGGUCACCCCCUCCUCAGCAUCCAGGUCACCCCCUCCUCAGCGUCCAGACCACGCCCCUCCUCAGCAUCCAGACCACGCCCCUCCUCAAGGCUCAGACCACGCCCCUCCUCAAGGCUCAGACCAUGCCCUUCCUCAAGGCUAAGACCGCGCCCCUCCUCAGCAUCCAGACCACCCCCUCCUCAGCGUCCAGACCACCCCCUCCUCAGCGUCCAGGCCACCCCCUCCUCAGCGUCCAGACCACCCCCUCCUCAGCGUCCAGACUACCCCCUCCUCAGCGUCCAGAGCACGCCUCUCCUCAGCGUCCAGACCACCCCCUCCUCAGCAUCCAGACCACCCCCUCCUCAGCAUCCAGGUCACCCCCUCCUCAGCGUCCAGACCACCCCCUCCUCAGCAUCCAGACCACGCCCCUCCUCAAGGCUCAGACCACGCCCCUCCUCAAGGCUAAGACCGCGCCCCUCCUCAGCAUCCAGACCACACCCCUCCCCAGCAUCCAGACCACCCCCUCCUCAGCAUCCAGACCACCCCCUCCUCAGCGUCCAGACCACCCCCUCCUCAGCGUCCAGGCCACCCCCUCCUCAGCGUCCAGACCACCCCCUCCUCAGCGUCCAGACCACCCCCUCCUCAGCGUCCAGACCACCCCCUCCUCAGCGUCCAGACCACCCCCUCCUCAGCGUCCAGACCACCCCCUCCUCAGCGUCCAGAGCAUGCCUCUCCUCAGCGUCCAGGCCACGCCUCUCCUCAGCAUCCAGACCACCCCCUCCUCAGCGUCCAGACCACCCCCUCCUCAGCGUCCAGACCACCCCCUCCUCAGCGUCCAGGCCACCCCCUCCUCAGCGUCCAGACCACCCCCUCCUCAGCGUCCAGGCCACGCCUCUCCUCAGCAUCCAGACCACCCCCUCCUCAGCGUCCAGAGCACGCCUCUCCUCAGCAUCCAGGUCACCCCCUCCUCAGCAUCCAGGUCACCCCCUCCUCAGCGUCCAGACCACCCCCUCCUCAGCAUCCAGACCACGCCCCUCCUCAAGGCUCAGACCACGCCCCUCCUCAAGGCUCAGACCAUGCCCUUCCUCAAGGCUAAGACCACCCCCUCCUCAGCAUCCAGACCACCCCCUCCUCAGCGUCCAGACCACCCCCUCCUCAGCGUCCAGAGCACGCCUCUCCUCAGCGUCCAGCGUCCAGACCACCCCCUCCUCAGCAUCCAGACCACGCCCCUCCUCAAGGCUCAGACCACGCCCCUCCUCAAGGCUAAGACCGCGCCCCUCCUCAGCAUCCAGACCACACCCCUCCCCAGCAUCCAGACCACCCCCUCCUCAGCAUCCAGACCACCCCCUCCUCAGCGACCAGACCACCCCCUCCUCAGCGUCCAGGCCACCCCCUCCUCAGCGUCCAGACCACCCCCUCCUCAGCGUCCAGACCACCCCCUCCUCAGCGUCCAGGCUCAGACCACGCCCCUCCUCAAGGCUCAGACCAUGCCCUUCCUCAAGGCUAAGACCGCGCCCCUCCUCAGCAUCCAGACCAUGCCCCUCCUCAAGGCUAAGACCACACCCCUCCCCAGCAUCCCAGCUCCUGAGUCCAGCCGACCAGAGACAUUAGCCCCAAACCUGACCACGCUAGGGAACCAGUGA